AUGUUCGCCCGCGUCGCCGCUGCCACUCUCCUCGCGCUCCCCGUCCUCGCGGCCGCCCAGUCGUGCUCGACCGGCCCCGUCCAGUGCUGCAACAGCGUCGAGUCGGCCUCUUCCCCCUCCGUCGCCGGCAUCCUCUCCGUGCUCGGAGUCGUGGUCCAGGACGUGACCGCCAUGGUCGGCCUCCAGUGCUCCCCGCUGAGCGUCGUCGGCGUCGGCUCCGGCAGCUCGUGCAGCUCCAACGCUGUCUGCUGCGAGAACAACAACGUCGGCGGGCUCAUCUCCAUCGGCUGCGUUCCCGUUGAGCUCUAG